AUGGGAUCACUGAGUAGCACAAUGCUGUGCGAGGAGGAAAUAGAGGAGCUUAAGAAUAGCACUGUGUUUGACUACAGAGAAAUUGAAAAUCUGUACGAAAGGUUUCAGUUUUUGGACAAGGAGACACAUGGGUAUCUGACAUACAACGAGUUGAACAACAUUCCGGAGUUCCAAUCGAAUCCGUUCAGCCAGCUAAUCAUGCGAAGCAUCGAAAAGAUGGUUGACUAUGACAGGAUGACGUUUCCACACUUCCUUGCAUUCCUGGGGAUAUUCUCUGAAAAGAGUGAUGUGAAGAGCAGGGUGAAGUAUUUGUUUGAUAUACUCGAUCUGAACGGAGACGGAAAGCUCUGCACAAAUGUAUUUAUUAGAUUAGAAAACAUAAUGGGGCAGUGUGGCCGAGAGGAGGAUGUCAAGAGCCUGAUGGAUAGCUACGACAAAGGAAGCAAGGGAUACAUGGAUCAGGCAGACUUCACCGAUUUCUACGAAAGCAGCCCGUCGAUUGAUAGAAACAUGAUUAUUGACUUUUCUAAGAAUCUGAGGCGGCAUAAACAGGUGGGGUUUAUGCAGAUUCUCUGGCCAUCGAAGCACGAGGCAUGA